UAUCAGUAGCUUAGACAAACUUCCUGAUUACAUGAGAGUUUGUUAUCAAGCUUUACUGGAUGUUUUUUCUAAAGCCGAAGAAGAGAUGGUAAAGGAGGGAGGACUGACAUACGGCUUCGAUCAUGCAAAAAACGCCUUUAAGAGGACAGUAAGACAUUAUCAUCAGGAAGCUAAAUGGUGUCAUGUCGGCUACUUUCCAAAGUUUGAAGAGUACAUGGGCGUUGCAUGUUUAUCUGCUGGCAUGGCAAUGUUGUCAAUCACAAGCUUCGUGCUUAUGGGUAAUGUGGCAACUAAAGAAGCAUUUGAAUGGACGUCGAAAGAUCCCUUGAUUCUUAGAGCUGUAGCUGAAAUUGGCCGACUCGGUAACGACAUCGUGGGACAUGAGAAUGAGAGGAAGAGAGCGCAUGUACCAUCAGCUGUUGAGUGCUUCAUGCAACAAUUCGGGGUUCCAAAAGAAAUCGCUUAUGAAUCACUGCAGAAUCGCCUUACAAAUGCGUGGAAGGAUAUGAAUCAUGAAUGCUUCAAUGCAACAGCAGUUCCAAGGCGGUUGCUAACAAACGUUUACAAUUUUUCAUGUGCGACAAAUCUUCUUUACGAGGAUUAUGAUGGAUACACUAUCUCUUCAACUCGGACGAAAGAGAGGAUAACCUCGAUAUUGAUUGAUCCUAUUCCCGCAAAAACAUAG